AUGUAACAGAAAUGUUUUGAUAAAUCCGGAAAUAUAUGAAUGAAAUUGAUAUCUAGAUGAUGGACAUUCAGGGGAAUUAUUCUCGGUAAAUCUGGAUGAUAAACAAAGAAAAAUAAUCUGAAAUGACAAUGGGGAUUCACUCUGCGUCACGACGGAAAAUAAACCGGCCAGCCGAGUUCUGAAAUGAAAAAGGAACCCCAGAAAAUGACAAUGGCUGCGCGGUCAACGGACAGGUUAACUGCUUGAAGCAGAGCCCCGCCCACCGUGUCAUGCUUGCGAGCACGACGCGAGCCUAAGAGAGCCUCGAGAGCCGCGUCAGCAUGUCCGUGUCCCGCUCCAAGUCGCUGCCCGGCGCGAACGGCGACGGAUGGGACGGCGACGACUCCGGCCUGUCUCGCUCCGGCAACUCGGGCGGCGGCCGCGACUCCGGCGUGGUGGUCGUCGCCUCCGACACGCCGUCCUUCGCCUCCGACGCGCGCUCGUCCCUGCUGGGCGACCUGCCGUCGGGCGCGGCCUGCUCGGAGCUGCCGUCCGAGGAGGCGGAGAACGAGAAGCAGGGCACCGAGGACCCCGACAAGAAGGCCACCAUCGGCCGCCACUACUACCCCGAGGGCGGCUGGGGCUGGGUGGUGCUCGUGAUGGCGCUGCUGGUGCACGUGAUCUCGCACGGCGUCCACCAGGCCACGGGCGUGCUCAUCCUGCACCUCGUCAAGGAGUUCCCCGAAGCCUCGCUCAUGUCUGCAAGCUGGUUGGGGAGUCUGUCCACCUCGCUCGCCCUGCUCCUCUCGCCUGUGACCAUCGCCGUGUGCAAAAGGAACUCCACCCGCCUCACAGCCGUGUUGGGCGGCCUCAUCACCGCCCUCGGCUGCCUCUUCACCUCCUUUGCCAGCCAGUUCCAUCAGCUCUUCUUCAGUUACGGGACCGUCAUAGGCAUCGGCGUGGGGAUGACGCGGGACUCCUCGACGCUCAUGGUCGGCCAGUACUUCAAGCGGAGAAGGGAGUUCGUCGAGAUCAUCGUCGUGAGCGGGAGCGGCCUCGGCAUCACCGUCAUGUCGGUCAUACGAGGCGCCAUAGGGUCCAUAGGAUGGCGCCUUGGCCUGCAGGCGGUGACGGGGGUGGUCGUCCUCACCUUCCUGAUGGGGACCUUCUACCGCUCGGCGUCGCUCUACCACCCGCAGCGCCGGGCCAUCCUGCACCUCAAGAACCAGAAGCGGAAGAUCAAGGAGAAGAACCGCACGGACGACACGCCGCCCUUCUUCGACCUCGCCACCCUCAGGAGCCGCACCGUGCAGAUCCUCCUCGUGUCGAUAGGCCUCUCGUCCUUCGGGAUCACCACGCCUAUCAUCUACCUCGCACACCAGGCUGAAGAGGAGGGCCUGGGAGACACGUCCGUGGUGCUCCUGCAGACGUACCUGGGGCUCGGGUGGGUGAUAGGCUGCUGUGCCUUCGGCUUUGUGGUGCUGCAGAAGAACACCGAGUGCCGCGUCGGCCGCCAGUACCUGUGCCAAGCCUCCAUGUUCCUGUGCGGGGUGUCCACGCUCGCCUUCACGGCCGUUGAGGGUUACCACGGCUACGUCCUCUUCGCCUGGCUCUACGGCAUCUUCUGCGGGGGCUUCCACUACUCCCUGAAGAUGUACACCUACGAGAAAGUGCGAGCGCGGAACUUCGCCAGAACGUGGGGCUUCGUCCAGUGUUCCCAGGCUAUUCCCACAGCCAUAGGGGUCCCCAUCACAG